UGGUCUUCCCCAACGCGAGGUUUUCCGUUUUCUUCCGGGCCAACUUGAACCUGUCCAGCCCCCGUAGGCCGUGGGUCAAAAGUGCCGGUCAAAAUGGAAGUGAAUCCCCCUAAACAGGAGCACCUGCUGGCGCUGAAAGUGAUGCGGCUGACUAAGCCUACUUUAUUCACCAAUAUCCCAGUAACUUGUGAAGAGAAAGACUUACCUGGUGAUCUCUUUAACCAGCUGAUGAGAGAUGAUCCUUCAACUGUUAAUGGUGCAGAAGUUUUAAUGUUGGGAGAAAUGCUGACUUUACCACAAAAUUUUGGGAAUAUAUUUUUAGGAGAGACCUUUUCCAGUUAUAUCAGCGUUCAUAAUGAUAGCAAUCAAGUUGUAAAAGACAUAUUGGUAAAAGCUGAUCUUCAAACAAGUUCUCAGCGUUUAAACCUUUCAGCCUCCAAUGCUGCAGUGGCUGAACUUAAACCAGAUUGUUGUAUUGAUGAUGUCAUACAUCAUGAAGUCAAGGAAAUUGGAACACACAUCUUGGUGUGUGCUGUGAGUUAUACAACUCAGGCUGGAGAAAAAAUGUAUUUUAGAAAAUUCUUCAAAUUUCAGGUUCUCAAACCAUUGGAUGUGAAAACCAAAUUUUACAAUGCAGAGAGUGACCUCAGUUCUGUGACUGAUGAAGUAUUUCUGGAAGCCCAGAUUCAGAAUAUUACAACCUCACCUAUGUUUAUGGAGAAAGUUUCAUUGGAGCCAUCUAUCAUGUACAAUGUAACAGAAUUAAAUUCAGUCAGCCAAGCUGGAGAAUGUGUAUCUACGUUUAGGUCAAGAGCAUAUUUACAGCCAAUGGACACACGCCAGUACUUAUACUGCCUAAAGCCCAAGAAGGAAUUUGCAGAAAAAGCAGGCAUCAUUAAGGGAGUAACAGUAAUUGGAAAACUGGAUAUAGUAUGGAAAACAAAUCUAGGUGAAAGGGGAAGGUUACAGACCAGCCAACUUCAAAGAAUGGCUCCAGGUUAUGGAGAUGUUAGAUUGUCUUUGGAGGCAAUACCAGAUACCGUAAACCUCGAAGAACCUUUUCAUAUUACCUGUAAAAUAACAAACUGCAGCAGUGAAAGGACUAUGGAUCUGGUUUUGGAAAUGUGCAAUACCAAUUCCAUCCACUGGUGUGGAAUUUCAGGAAGACAGCUGGGAAAGCUGCAUCCAAGUUCUUCGCUCUGUCUUGCCCUUACUCUGCUUUCUUCAGUGCAGGGUCUGCAAAGUGUCUCCGGCUUAAGACUAACAGACACAUUCUUAAAGAGAACAUAUGAAUAUGAUGACAUUGCACAAGUCUGUGUGGUAUCUUCGGCCAUUAAAGUGGAAAGCUGAAGGAAAUUUCCAAUGUUAUGCUUUUCAUUUAGUUUCACAGAACUGCUCUUUUUGUCACCUUUGUAAAUGAUGAUGUCAGCAACAAAUAUGUUCUCCUGUAAAAUGGUUAAAAUAUUAUUUGUUUUGAAGAGAUCUGAUUUUAUCUUGUAAAUUAUGUUCGAAAUGAACAUGUGUAUGUUUUCUACACCUAUUAUUUCAUUUCAUUUUAGAUGACCAUUGGACUUUGUUCUCCAAAAGCUUAUGUAUUUGAAACCAUUUGUCCCUAGCAAGUAUCUAGAACAGGAGUCAGCAAACUUUUUAUGUAAGGUACAAGAUACUAAAUAUUUUAGAUUUUGCAGGCCAUAUGGUUUUUUGUCACAAAUACUGAACUCUGCCAUUAUACUGCAAGAGCAGACAGUAGGCAAAAAAAGUACAGUGGUAUACACAAAAAGAGGCAGCUGGACUCUGGAGGCUGAGGCAGGAGAAUCACUUGAAAAUUGCCAUAAUCCAAGAUCAUGCCACUGCACUCUAGCCUGAGCAACAGAGCAAGACUCUC